AUGCUCUUCGCACUGUUACAAAUUGUACAAUGGCUUAUUUUUACCAGUUCGCGCAUGCUGGCCACGCAGCGGCCCUUCGACGUGCAAGGUCUUCGUGACUUCGAGAGCUCCUGGCAGCUUGACCAGUCACCACCCAUCAAUAGAACUGGAAAUAUCAUUUUCAACACCGCAAGCUCGUUGCUCCAACAUUGGCCUAAUACACGCUAUCGCAAUGGACACACUAUAGUUCCUGGCACGAUCCCUGUGGGCACUCUGUUAUACCGCGGUGCUGAUGCGCCUGAAAUACCCGAUGCCGGUGACUGGGUCGCAAUGGACACAGAACACUCGACCAUCUACUGUAAAGGAUCACAAGAGACUGGGUGCUGGCACCUCACGUUUGCUGUCAAGCGCCCGUUAAAGAUAAUUUACUUCGACGGGAGCAGCGCAGUCAAACUAGAGGGAGGACCAAUGGACACGCAGGAUAUAAUAGCGUGGUCAAGGGCGCGUCCUGACCGACUUUUCGAUGAAGAGCUACGCAUCCACGAUUUAUGUAGGUGGGGCGCGAAGUAUGCUGUUGAUGGCUUCGAUGGAGAUCGAUUUGUACGUUUCGUCUUCGAUUUUGCAAAACCUCCUAAGAGUACGCUUUGCAGCGAAGUCAUGCUCUGUGAUUUUUCUAGCGGUGUUGAAGUAGUUUCGAUCCUCAAUAUUGAAGGCCUUGGUAUACAGCACAAAUUGCCUCCCACUAUACCAGACGACCCCGAGAGCUUGUUACGCGCUUUCGAGAUAAGGCAUGCUGGUUCGUGGCACGAUCACCACCCUGGCGAUGGACGUAUAGUCCUUGACUAUCCCGGUCUCGUCUCUUUUUACGAUACGGACCUUGCACCAUCUCUCGUCCCGUUCCGUGCAGGCAUAGAGCGGUGGGAUCAGCGUGCAGGGCUGAUAUCUCCAACAGACGCAACAAAAAUCAAGGAGCGGUUGGAGUACGUUCUCCGAAGACCAUCACCUGCAGUCAGUGGGGUAGACUGGAAGACCCUGUUCCAGGUCAUCAUUGACCGAUAUUCCGACCGCAUCGAGCUGGUGCUGUACCUCCUUACAUCUGCUCCACAGGAUCUUGAUUGUGCGAAGAGAGUUCAGACACAGUUGCGCGUCAUGUUAACGCCAUACGUGCUCAAAAGCACUAUGAUCACGAAGGCGCACGACGUGAAAGCCACGAACGCGUGGGCAGCCCCAGUUUUUAAGCAGUGUGCAUCAUCAUAUCCGUCCUCCAUUGCCACCCUCCGAGCUGCGAUGACCCCUUCAGAGCGUCUACUCUUGCAAGCCCUGGAAGAAGUUACGCACGAGAUAUGUCGAGUUAUAACAAAAAUGUGGGCGUCGGGCAUUCGUGCACGUUUGGAAAGCUCAGAAGAAUUGCCUUCGCCGGAUCACGUCCGCGAAUUAACGGAAGAAUGGAAAGAGGAAAUGGUGAAUCUGACGAACUGGCUUGAUUGGAGCACGUGGGUGAAAUGCAACCCCACGUGUGCCUUCGAGGAAAUGUGCUACUUGCCCUCUUGGCCACCAGGACUUCCCCUUCCUUUGCCAGGUGAAGAGGACAUUUUUGCAUUUUUGCCCGAGGGUAAUGCGGGCAGCCAAAGCGAUGAAUGGAGGCGACCACAGCCGACAUGCAUCAGGCGCUUUGAGCCCUAUAGAUUUUGA